AUGGUUUUACCCGCAGAUUUAGCCCUUGGCUUCAAGUCUCUGAAAAUAAAAAUGAAGGAAAAAGUUGAACAAGCAGGAGAAAAAUGCUACAUCUUGCAACCAGAAAGAGGAAACAGAUACCAUCCCUUUAACGCUCUUCCUCCAACAUGUACGAAGGGUACUUGGGAUCGCGUCUUUAAAUCAUCUCCGCCCUGGUCAUUUCUUAACCCCUGCGACUACAGCGGAAACCUGGACCUUCACAAGCACGUUUUUGAAGCUGCAGAAUUUGAGAACGUCUGCUGUAGGAAAAUCCACCACAGUUUCAUCAUUUUUCUAGAAUCAGGAAGCUCUGAUGAAGCGAUAGUGGUACUAGAGGUUGAUGGGACACUCUCAGAGAAAAGAAAUGUAAUUCCAAAUAUGUGCAACAACAGCACGGGGGAUUUGUGUGAGGAGAGAACAUCUGGCUUCUUAAAUUCAUCCUCCAAAGUGGAGAAUAUUCAUUUUUCACCAGGAAUUUUAAAUCUCCUACAAUUCCUCAUGAUUCUGUUAGCUCUCGUUACAGUGCUCGGAAAUGCCUUGGUUAUCGUGGCUUUUAUAGGGGACAAAAAUCUUAGACUUCGGAGUAAUUAUUUCUUUCUUAACUUGGCGAUUUCUGACUUCCUAGUUGGUGCCAUCUGCAUCCCUUUAUAUAUCCCGUAUGCCUUGACAAACAGAUGGCCGUUCGGAAGAGAGCUCUGUAAAUUCUGGCUGGUUAUCGACUAUCUCAGUUGCACGGCUUCAGCUUUUAACAUUGUCCUCAUCAGCUACGACCGCUACCAGUCCGUCUUUAAUGCUGUGUCGUAUCGAAUUCACCAGGGCCUCACCCCCCGAGCCAUGGCCCAGAUUGCGGCCGUAUGGCUCCUGGCCUUCUUGGUGUACGGCCCCGCCAUCGUCUUCUGGGAAUACGUGAAGGGAAGGAGCGACUUCCCCAACGGGACCUGCAAGGUGGAAUUCAGUUCCCAGUGGCACUUUCUGGUCUGCACCUCCGUGCUGGAGUUCCUCAUCCCCGUCCUCGCCGUGGCCUACUUCAAUCUGAACAUCUACUGGAGCAUCCGCACGAGAAGCCGCUGGGUCGCCACGCUCUCCAAAAGCCAGAGCGCCUCCUCCUCUUCCCCUUCCUCCCCCGACCGGGCCCACCCGUCGAGGCUCAGUCUCCUCUGGAGGACAUGUCUCCCUGGCCAGCUGGGGGGAACGCCCGCCCUUUAUAUGGGCUCAGAGGAGAGGGGGGACGGCUCGCAGUUGUCCACGGGAACCCAGGCGCACGACAACGGCUUCAACCCUCCCAGAAUCCACUCCCUCACGCCUUCCAGCUUCGAGAGCAAAUCCCGUUUCAAACUGCUCAGGGACAGGAAAAUGGCCAAGUCCCUCUCCGUCAUCUUGAUCAUCUUUGCCAUCUGCUGGGCUCCCUAUUCCCUGUUCACCAUCGUCCGGGCGGCCUGCGGAAAGGAGGGAGACGACCCUUGGUACGAUCUGGCGUUCUGGCUCAUGUGGCUCAAUUCCUCCGUCAACCCCUUCCUGUAUCCCCUUUGUCACAAGCGCUUCCAGAAGGCAUUCCUGAAAGUACUCUGUUGCCGGGGGUCGGCUCCGGCACCCCAGACCCAAUCUCUGUCUUCCUAGAGAUAGCUCGGAUACAAGCAGGGAAGCUCCCGAAUCACAGCCUAACAGAUCCUGUGUUUUCCUAUUGUUUCCUCUCGACUUCAGGGUUUGUUAACCCUUAUGACUUUCACACUCUCUCGCCGAGUCGCAUCAGAAUCGCCCAAGUGUCCUCUCUCCUGUCUGGUGAAUAGACUAACCUCCCUCCAGCCCGUUGUUUCUAUAAAGACUUAAUUCACCGCCUUUGGAAACUCUGUAUGGUAGGGUUCGUUUUCUCCGUGGAUCUCGUGGGUCGAUUUUCAUGUCUAUGGAAAGUUUCUGGCACAGUGUUAUUAUUCCUGAAGUGGACAGAAGA